AUGUCUUCCAACCUUUCUUUCGUCCUCAACAAGCCCAAUGACGUCUCCUUCGAGGAGCGCCCAAUCCCCAAGCUCAAGUCCCCCCACGAUGUUCUCGUCGCCAUCAACUACACCGGCAUCUGCGGCUCUGAUGUCCACUACUGGGUCCACGGCGCCAUUGGCCACUUCGUCGUGAAGGACCCCAUGGUCCUCGGCCACGAGUCCGCCGGUACCGUCGUUGAGGUCGGCUCCGGAGUCACAGACCUCAAGAAGGGCGACCGUGUUGCCCUCGAGCCCGGCUACCCCUGCCGCCGCUGCCCCGACUGCCUCGGCGGCAGCUACAACCUCUGCCACGAGAUGGUCUUCGCCGCCACUCCCCCCUACGACGGCACGCUAACAGGCUUCUGGUCCGCUCCCCACGACUUCUGCUAUAAGCUGCCCGACAACGUGUCUCUCCAAGAGGGCGCCCUCAUCGAGCCUCUCGCCGUGGCUGUUCACAUCGUCAAGCAGGCCCGCGUCCAGCCUGGCAACAGCGUUGUCGUCAUGGGCGCCGGCCCCGUCGGCCUCCUCUGUGCCGCCGUCGCUGCCUCCUUCGGCGCCACCAAGAUCGUCCAGGUCGACAUUGUCCAGUCGAAACUGGACUUUGCCAAGUCCUUCGCCGCCACCCACACCUACCUCUCCCAGCGUGUCUCCGCCGAGGAGAAUGCCAAGAACCUCAUCGCCUCUGCCAACCUCGGUAAGGGCGCCGACGUUGUCAUUGACGCCUCCGGUGCCGAGCCUAGCAUCCAGACCUCCCUCCACGUUGUCCGCAUGGGUGGCACCUACGUCCAGGGCGGCAUGGGCAAGUCGGACAUCAACUUCCCUAUCAUGGCUCUCUGCCUGAAGGAGGUGACGGCCCGUGGCUCGUUCCGCUACGGCAGCGGUGAUUACAAGCUUGCUAUUGAGCUCGUGGCCGCUGGCAAGGUUGACGUCAAGAAGCUCGUCAAUGGCGUCGUUGCGUUCAAGGAUGCCGAGUCGGCGUUCAAGAAGGUCAAGGAGGGUGAGGUCAUCAAGAUUCUCAUUGCCGGCCCCAACGAGAAGGUGGAGACCGAGCUUGACACCUCUGUUGACCCUGCCAAGCUUGAGGCGGCCAAGGGCAACACUGGCUGCUGCUAA